AUGUCUUCUCUGGGUCAAGCUCUUUCUCGAAGCAGGUUAAGUCGGCCUGAUGUGAUUCAAGCACAGAAACCUCCGCUCUGCGAGGAGAGCGAUUUGGAGCACACACUCCCUAUUCUGCAUGAUGAGAAGUACGCGCAAGGUACAAAUCUGCACAAGUGCUACCCGAAGUUCACGCUGGUGCUGCCUCUGUCCAAACAGAAACUGAGGGUUGUAUAUACCAUUUUGGAGUACUCUCCCCUCCUCGACUCCUCUAAUAUGACCCCAGAUCUCUGGGCUAAAAUUGGAAAAGACAUUGAGAAAUACUACGAGCAAUACAAUGGUUUUGUCGUCCUGCACGGCACAGACACCAUGGCUUACACCUCUUCUGCCUUAUCCUUCAUGUGUGAGAAUCUGAGAAAGCCUGUCAUCCUCACUGGCUCACAGGUGCCCAUCUAUGAGUUGAGGAAUGAUGGGAGGGAUAACCUCUUGGAGGCGCUGUUGGUAGCAGGACAGAGUGAGAUCCCUGAGGUUUGCCUGUAUUUUCAACAAAAGCUGUACAGGGGCAAUCGUGUCACCAAAGUGGACGCUGGAAGCUUUAAUGCAUUUACAUCACCAAACCUGCGGCCAUUAGCCAAUCUUCAAGCCGACGUCAAAAUUAACUGGGACAUUGUGUGGCAACCUGAUAAAGUGGAAAAAUUCACUGUCAGCACAGAAUUGAACAGUAAUGUGGGUGUCCUGCGAUUCUUCCCAGGAAUCCCUACUGAUACAGUUAAGGCCUUCUUGCAGGCUCCUAUUGCCGGGAUCGUAUUUGAGACUUACGGCUGCGGUAACGCUCCAAACCACAAGGACCUGCUGGAUGUGAUCAAAAAAGCGACAGAUGAAGGUGUAAUCAUCAUCAACUGCACCCAGUGCCUCCGGGGCAUGGUCAAAGCCACAUACGAAACUGGCGAGGAUCUGUAUAAAGCCGGUGUGAUCCCUGGAUAUGAUAUGACCCCAGAAGCUGCUCUUUCAAAACUCUCCUAUGUGCUGGCAAAAUACCCCAGAAAAGUUGAAGACAAAAAAAAGAUGAUGAAAAAAAAUCUGCGUGGUGAGAUGACAGAGGACAGUACAAAGCUUUCUCUCAGCGACAGUCGCUUUAUUCAGGUCAUCGCCCAGUCCCUCAGCAGCAGCUGUAAAGAGGAGCUUGAUGCCAUAGGACAUGCACUAACUCCCUCUCUGGCCUGCGCUGCUGCUAAGGUCGGAGACAUUGAAGCUCUGGAGGCCAUAAGUAAAAUGAGCUCUAACUUGAGCAUGGCAGACUAUGAUGGCCGCACUCCUCUCCACAUCGCUGCAUGUGAGGGGCAUCUGAAAGUGGUGGAGUAUCUGCUGAGUAAAGGGGCCACAGUCUACGCCAGAGAUCGCUUUGGUGAUACACCACUUCGCAGUGCUGUUUUCUUCAGGCACAAGGAAGUUGUGAAGUUGCUGAGGAAGACUGGAGCUCAUUUUUCCCAGGAUGAAAUGGUUGAUGCCAGAAAGAAGUUGCGCAGUCUUGCGGAGAGUGGCGACCUGGAAGGACUGGAGAUUUUGCAGCUAGCGGGGGCUGAAGUGGCAAGUGCCACUGGACGUGAGUAGACUGUUGAGUUCUUACGACAGGCAGCUCAGUACCAAACAGGCGGUUCAGUAUCAAACUCAGAAUGGCGAGUUGAUCAAGUUUACUGCUUCUCCAAGAUCUCAAGGAGGCCGUCCUGCUAGCUGUCACUUCCUGCUCUUAUCAUACAUCCGCUUUAUUAUUUUUAGCAUACAUACAGUAGAUUUUCCUCACUUAGACAAUUAUACUCUUAAAGGGGUCAUAUGAUGCUAUUUUAAAAGUUUAUUAUUCUGAUUAUUGGGUGUAAUAGAUAAUAGGUUAAUAUGCUUUAAUAUUCAAAAAACACAUUAUUUCUCACAUUUUCCAACUCCUCUAUUCCAAGUCUGUCAAAAGAACGCCAAUUUCUACAAAGCCCUUCCUUCCAAAAAGCUUAGAGUGCUCUGAUUGGCCAAAGAUAUCAAGCGUGUAUCAGAAAUGUAACGCCUCUCACCAUAACUGCAAGUCAGAUUCAGUUAAAACCAAGAAAAAAAAAAUUGUGGGAGAAUAUUUGCUUUAUAACUUUGUAGAUCGUAUACAUGCACAGAUACAUUACACAAUAAAGAGAAAACAUUAAAAAGCAUCAUUUGACCUCUUAAACAGGCCAUCAGAUAUGAAUGUGUUGUGAUGUUGUAAAACAAUCAUACUGAAAGAUCUGAACAUAUAGUUCUUAAAUGAUUUAAUUUUAUAAUCAUUCAUAAUCAUUAGUCAUGUAUACACUCUACCAUAAGAGUGUUGAUUUGUUUUGUGACACUUGACUGCUGUAAGGCCAUCAUCCAAUGCCAAUUUCAGACACACCCCCUCAAAUGAAGCUGGAAUGCGGUUUGACAGAGAAGACCUGUUCUUUUAAAGAGCAUGUAGAAGGGAAGAUUUUCAAAGCAUGUUUUGAUAAUGAUCAUGAAGGUUUGCUUGCUUUUAAUCAAUCUAUAUACUCAAAUGUUUUCAUAUAUGAUUAAGAGGGGGGAAUGAAAGAUCUGAAGAUUUUAAAUAAAUAAAUCAUACAUACAGUUUAUAUACG